GAGGACAAGGCAGUUUCGUCGAUUAAAAAGCGGGAGACUUUGGGUCUAGCAUUCUUGAACGCAAUGGACACGGUCGAAAACCAAAGCGAAGCUCCAGCCAUCAAAGCUCUGGGUUUUCUCUUCAAGCUCACCGAAGUCUACUUAUGGGACGAUGGUGCUAAGGAGACUCGACAAUCUUCUUGCUUAUGCGAAAGCGAAAACAAUAAAUCGUCUCGACAAAGGGACAAGAGCCGCUCAAGCGUUUUUCAUAUGACCAGUGAUUCCUGCACUUUACCAGAGGACAUAGAACUGGCUAACGAAAUGAAUGCUUUGGGCCUUCCUCUUUCCUUCCAUACCAGCAAGGAGACGAGGAGUAAAAUGACUAGCAGCAAAAGGAAGGGUGUACGUUCGAAGCAUUCUCAUGGUCAUAAAGACACCGAAGAAACGAUGGAAUUUUCCAGAGUGAGUGAGAUGGAGAUUCUAUCUCCUUCUGUUUUUCAUGAUAACUCGAGCAGUUCUUUUUGUUGCAUGUCAAUGCUGGAUCGAAGUGAAUCAUCUUACCAUGAUGUUGCAGUGGUUGUCAAUGAAUCCCAAUGCCCUGAUCUUAAGCAAGAAGAUUCAGCAAGCUCAGUGAGGACUAUUUGUGGCUCCGUCAUGGAACAAACCUGUGAUGGGAUUUCUGACCUUGUGACUAAUGAUGGCCAGGAUUAUGACUUUGCACAGCAGAGUGGUAUUGUGUCUACUGCUGAUGAGAAAAUUGCAGUGAGCUCAACUAGUUUAGGUGCUGUACUUUUACCAGAACACUGUUUGAUGGAUCCAGGUCUUGACCAUUGUAAUAAUGAAGGUUAUAGAAGCUUGAUGGAGCAUGAGUGUUUUGAUUGUUCCUCUGUGGCUCCUUGCAAUGAAAAAGGUGAGAGGCUUUGUUACUGUAAUGGCACUCAGCAGCUACCUGUUUCUGAGUCAGUUUCAAUGAAUUCAGAUGUGCUUGAUUGUGAUGGUAAUGACCAGACAUAUGGUGGUGCUUUGGGUGAUUGGAGGGUGUACUGGGACUCUUUUUACAUGAGGAACUACUUUUACAAUCUCAAAACUCAAGCUUCUACAUGGGACCCACCCCCAGGCAUGGAAAAUCUAGUAUUUAAUAACCUUAAUAAUAAGUCAAAUGAAAUGACUACUGAGUCACUUCAGAAAUCUGUACACGGUGGUGGAUUAGAAGAGCUGCUAUCUGAUGAGCUAUCAAAUGGGACUGGAGUUGCUGCUGCUUCUAGUUUGGCAAUACCUUCUGUAAGCAAGAGUUUUGAGCUUGCAGGUGAACAUUGUGAGACCAGUGGUACUUGUGUUGCUGAACUUACAUUACGCUUAACAUCAGAUGCCCAGGACAAUGUUGACAGCAUGCCUACGGUACCCCCUGGAACAAUUUCUGAUGGUGAAGAUAUUAUUUUAGAAAAUGCUGCUUUAGCAAACAAUCAGGCGGAUACCCUACUUGUAGCUGCCAUUAGAAAAGGGAAAAAGAAAACAAGAAGACGAGCUCAGAGGAAAUUGGCAAGGGAUGAGGAAGAACUUCAAUUCCAAGAGAUAUUUGAGGAGUAUUCUGCCAUUAUUGGUAAAUAUUGGUGUCAGAGAUACCUGCUAUUCUCCAGAUUUGAUGAUGGUAUAAAAAUGGACGAGGAAGGGUGGUUUUCUGUCACUCCAGAGCCUAUAGCCAGGCAUCAUGCAUCCCGAUGUGGGAGUGGGAUUGUAGUUGACUCUUUUACUGGAGUUGGCGGGAAUGCCAUUCAAUUGGCCCAGAGGAGCGCACAUGUUAUUGCUAUUGAUAUCGAUCCAAAGAAGAUAGAUUAUGCAUAUCAUAAUGCUGCUGUCUAUGGUGUCAAUGACCGAAUAGAUUUCAUAAUGGGAGAUUUUUUCGCUUUGGCACCUAAAUUGAAGGCAGACACUGUUUUCUUAUCACCUCCUUGGGGCGGUCCGGAUUACACUAAAGUAAAGAUAUAUGACCUCAAGACAAUGCUUAGGCCACGUGAUGGAUAUUUCCUGUUUGAUGUUGCAAAGAAAAUUGCCUGCAGAAUUGUCAUGUUUCUCCCUAGAAAUGUAGAUCUCAAUCAAUUGGCAGAAUUAUCUCUGUCUGCACAGCCUCCUUGGUCAUUAGAGAGACGGCAGUCAGAGGACAAUAAAUCAGCAUUACUUGUGUGGAGCAGUGAAGGAGAACGGGGUCACCUUUUUGUGGAUAUUGAGCUCCUAAUGAUUUUCAAUGCUGUUUUAUGGGUUCCCUUACCCCAGCCUCAAUUUCGGUUAUGCUGUGAAUGAAAGUAAUGUAAGUGCUUUCAUAUUCCCUCUUCAAAAGCAAAACAAAUCUCCCGGAUAAUGUAGGACAAAGUUGUUGCCUUAUGACUGAAACGGAGGAAGAUGUAUAGAAAUUAUGGCUUGGAGAACAAAAAUCAAUGUCUGUAAAAUGUUAAAAGAUGACAAAUACAAUUAUUCUGAAAGCCAAACAAUGCUUUUGCAUCAACCAUUUUAACCUUGUCGAUCUAUCUGAUUUAUUGUUAGGUGAGCAGGUUUUCAACUCUUCUUCUUUAUGCUAGUUGUAACAACCGGCCUUUGUUUCUCUUUAUGUCUUCUGCUUCUUUUGGGCCACACCACCCAGAGUUGUACCAAGUACGGACAGCCUAAAACCAUGUAUUUAAUGCUGCAUUAAAAUAGUGGUUUGAUGUAA